AGAAAUCCGAAAUCGUAUCCCGUAGUAAAAAUAAAAACCCGAAUCCGUAAACAAAUCCUGGAACGUACCCCAGCCGCGACGUUUUUCCGAACUAGUUCCCGCGAACUUUAUAGCGCGACUGAGGUCUCGUUAAACAAAUAUAUCCAGUGGUCUCAAAACAAAUCUUCCCCGUGGUCUAAAACGUACGAAGGCGGUCUCCGGUUCUGGGACUGGUCUGGUUGAUCUCCGUUCUAUUCCUUUUGAGCAUCGUCUAAUGCUAAUCCAAAUUCUUUGCGCGGUCCUGUUCCAUUAAGAGCUCUACUCUCCAUUUUUCUCGACUUCACCUGCGGGCCAGGUGCGUUUUGGUCUCCUGCUGAAGCACACUUUUCCCCCUUCGUGUAAUACUGUUCUUGCGGUUUCUUUGCGGCGUUCUUGUGGUGCUUCUUCUCCUUCUUUAGCGCCUUUUCUUUCUUCCUUCGGUUCUUCGAGGCCAUUGUAGUGGGGAAUCUAACUAAAACAGUAGAAAGCAUCUUUGCAGCUGAGUCGAACUAUGCCCAGGCUCUCCACCAAUUGAAGGAUCUAGUUUCGAGUCGGAGAGCUUUAUUUUCAAACGCAAGAAAGUAUACCGAAAUCAAAUUCGAACAACGUCUAGAACCACUUCAAGGGCCACAAAUACGCAUUACAAAUUCAUAAUCCCGAGUCUAGUUUUUCCAGUUUCUAAUGCUAAACUCGUAUUCCUAACAAGCCCGCAGCCGUGGCUCAGCUUCUUGAAAGUAGUAAAAAGGCAGCCUUUCAUGCGGAUUCAGCGUAAAUCAGACCUAAUUUCUUGUCUUCUCUCUUCUUCUCUUCUCCUUUUCCUUUUUCUUUCGAUCGUGGCAAGAAUUUGCUUGCUUUUCCUUGGUAUUUCGUUCCUUUUCUUGCUCGAUCGAUUUCUUGGCUUUUCCUUAUCAUCCUGCUCAUUUUCUGAGUUCUGAUCUAUGAGAAACAGCGUUUAAAACCAGUUUUCAUUUACACAAACUCACGACUACGACGUCGUGACGGUGGCAGCGAUAGGAAAUAAGUAGCUCUGCGGUUUUGUUGGUUUGCCAGAAGGCACGUGGUGCUAAAGUCUCUGUUCUAAGUCGUGUCCUACGAGGACUCUAUGAGCAUUGAAGCAAUUCUAGUUGAACAGCAAAGCUGAGUGUCUUCUCCUUGUCACCCUCACUAGACCUGAGUGAAUUUCCUCUAUCGUAGUUGAGUGAGCUCUUCAGCUCCUUUCUCACCGCAUUUUCUUCUUGAGUGAAUCAAUUUCUUCCUGAGUGAAUCAAUAAAAACAAAGCAGCGAGAGUGUCUGUUAGAAAGAGAGCGGUGUGCCGGAGAGAUGCAUCUUGCAGUGCAGUUUUGGACGGGUGACCUUCUGCUUCUACUAAAGACAUGUGGGUAUGCUAGAGGUAAAAGGACCACAAGUCAAGAAGCAUAUUGCAUUAUGUCGCCUAAUUUUAGGUGCACGCGACACCUAAUUUUAGGUGUCGUUAGGUGUCGCUCGCGUGCACCUAAAAUUAGGUGUCGCAGAUUAGGUGUCCGCCACGCCUAAAAUUAGGUGUCGCCUGCACCUGAAAUUAGGUGUCGCGUGCACCUAAAAUUAGGUGUCGCGUGCACCUAAUUUUAGGUGUCGCAGAUUAGGUGUCCGCGACACCUGAAAUUAGGUGUCGCGUGCACCUAAAAUUAGGUGUCGCAGAUUAGGUGUCCGCGACGCCUAAUUUUAGGUGUCGCCUGCACCUGAAAUUAGGUGUCGCGUGCACCUAAAAUUAGGUGUCGCGUACACCUAAUUUUAGGUGUCGCGGACACCUUGUCUGCUUCUUGGUCCCAUCUAACGACCACCUUACUAAGUAGUACCUGGGUGAACCCGAUGCGAGUGUUUUCAGAAGAAACGAUGACAGACCAGGGGCGAAGCAAUCUAAGACGCUAGCAGCAGGAGGUCGGAAUAAAGAUCGGCUUCGUACUACUACUAGUUCCCUAGCUAUACAAGAACUGCACUUGUUUCUGCAGCGAAUACAACAAAAAGCAGCUGCUCCUGCUUCCAAACAAUAAUGACGGCAGAGCAAGCGCAGGCGGCUGCAGAGCAGCUGGAGGUGCUUGGAAGGGGCGGCAUGACGGUACAGAGGAAAGAGAAGCUGUUGGCGAUUCAUAUGCAUUCUGCAAAAACCAUAUCGUACUGGUACUAGUUUUGCAAUCAUGCAUGACAGUUGCCUUUUCCAAGCUGAAUAAGCAUGACAAAUUCUACUAGUACGAUGCUCUUGUUGCAAUGCAUAAUUCAAAAGCGCGAACAAAUGAAGGACGUGCUGAUCGAGAGAUUCAAGCAAAGGUACCUACUUCGUCAUAGACGCUGUUUUCGUCCUUGUUUCGUCUUUGUUAUGCGUGAUUUUUGCAUCGCUGCCUUGUUCUGUCAUGCUGCAUCACAAACACGAGCACGGGCACGUCCCGUUGGAAGUUGGUCAUGCAUUUUCGCAUCACAAACAGAGAAACACUUCUUCAUCUUCUCAGGGUAAUCAACACCGAUCACAAAAACGCGACGGAAGCGGAAAAGACGCAAUUGACCGAGGUAGUGAAAAGCGAGGUGGAAUCCUUUCUCAAUUCAGCUUCGAUCACCGAGAACAACCUGAAGAAAUUAGACAAAAAGAUAAGAAGCAAAACCAGCGGGUCAGGUAUCAUGAGAAGAUGAUAAGAUGAAGUUGAAAUAUUUUUGUCGAGCUACCAGACUCACACCCGUUUCCGAAUAUCAUGCGUUUGUUUUGGUCUCUCAUUGUCUUUGUCGUGCAUAAAUCUAAGUGAGAAGGGAACAAAUUGAAAUUAGAAAAAGAAAAAAAAAAAACGCAGGCACCGCGUCCGGAGUAGGCCAGGAUAACGAGAAGUACUCAAUUUAUGUGCUGGAAAACUGAUGAACGAGCUCUUGCUUCAUGUUCAUACAUUGUAAAUGCAAAUCACUCUACUGGGUCCUCUGGCAGAAACAGAAUCAUGCUGAAUCUUUCUAGAAACCUGUGAUGUCAGUAUCACACGGCAUUUUUGCAAAUAUUAAAACGAGAAUCUGUGAUGCAUGAAACGGAUGAUAAGCACAGCAGCUUUUUCGCUUUUUCCAAUUCCAUAAUCGAGUCCGAAGUAGCUCGAAUAGCAAGGUAGGAUCAAAACAGCCAUCACACGUCUCUUAUCCCGCGGGAAGUUUGCAAUAAAGUCAUCUUGAGUCAGCUUUCUCGUGACUAUAUGCACAGAAAAAUAACGAACAAGCGAUGCUAUUUGUACACCUUCUUUACCAAAGGGAAAGAAACGGAAACCGACGCUGUUGAGGACCACAAAGGGAACUGUCAAAUUGCUUGUCGUGCACGCUUGAUGCAUGACAGAUGCAUCUAUCUGUUGUUUGUGAAAAGCAGUAGAAAGAAUGCUGGUGACUUAAGAUGAUUUAACCCAGGAUAUCCCCGGUUCAGGCGUCGGCGGCGAAGAGAAACAGGAGAGCUCACUGUACUUUUUGCGAUAAGGAACUUUGUCAUGCAGUUUCUUUGAAGAUAAGCCCUGGCUGUCAUGCAAAAUAAAUGCGAACUGAAAAUACAAUACAGCGUCGCCGACUGGCGCAUACUCGACGACUUCGCUCUCUUCAAGGAGCACCGGUCUGUAAUCGAGCAGAAAAUCCGAAAGCCUAUCCAGUAGAAAAACGAUGUUGAUGGUGACGACCGAUGAAGCUGCCGAGGAGUCACCAGCGUUGUAUCAUGGAUCCACAUUGAAACAAAGCAUGUUGGGGCGGUAGUUCUACGAACAUCAACGAGACUACAUCGAGACACAAUUUGUUCAAUUGGAGCAAUUUUUUUUGUACGACAGUAAAUGGAAAGUUGUAGUCGUGCCAAAAACCUACUUUUGUUUUCGAGUACGUAGGUCCACUAUCAUCAAAAUCGUUUUGCUCAUGGAUUACACACCAGUCCGGGCAAACCGUCCGGUCAGCACUCAACAAGCAGGUGGUGGAACUCCAAACCGCAAGACAAACGGAGAGGGACGAAGAUCGGAGAUGGUACGCGAGGGCCUUGGAUAUCCCGUGAAUGAUGAGGUUUUUACCAUCGUUAUCUUCACCCUCACUGUGCUGUACUAAUGUGAUGUAGACACAAAAUCCUUUAAUCAAAUGUUUCAUGCGACGCGUAGGCGUUUUUGCGCACUGUAGUUGUUGAGGGUGAAGAAGAGAAUAAAAACUUGUUCACCUAGGAUAUUGGAGGACGUAGCAAGAUACGAAAAGGAAGAGGCAGAUAAGGCGGAUAAUGUACUACUUGUUGGUUCUAUAAUUUUUGGUCACGGUCACGCGAAUGUGUGCUGUGCAAAAGUCAUUGCAGCUGUCUACAACGUCAAUAUCAUGCAAUACAAAUUUCCUACACAUGAUUCUCUCCAGAUGCGCCACAAGUGCCAGAUUGAGAAGCAAAUGCGAGACGAGCAAUUAGAGCUGUAUGAACUGCAAAUAAAGUAUCGUACUCGUAGUCAUUGCAGCUAUGCAUUACAAAUCUUUUUCCUAAGGUAAAUCCGCAUUAGAAAUUUCAGUUUUCAUGCUACGGCAGCGCUCUUGCUGGACAUUACCAACAUUUGCCCACGCAGAGCCGUCCUCUUGCUGGGCACAGCCAACAUCUGUCCAAAACAGCCUAGGGCCAAGACGGCACCGUGAGGACGACCGCAGGGGGUUCGUCUCAAUGAUGAUGAUGAUGCUAGCAAAAUUUGUAAUGCAAUCCAUACUAGUACGAUACUUUUGCAGUUCAUAAGCUGGAGAAGAAAACAAAAAUGCAGCAGAAAAGAGUCGACUCCAUCGCAGAAACGUUAACGAAGGAACGAAUCCAGGGGGAGAUCCAAGCAGAAGACGACAAAUUCGCCAGAAGAAGACGAAACCAGCGGGAGCACAUGGCGAAUGUGCAGGAUAUGCAUUGCAAAAGUACUAUCGUACCCGUACCGGUAUGAGUAGCAUGAGUAUGUUUAACAUUUCCAAAAGGAAUUUCUCGUCGCAGAUAAACGUCAAAAAGGAGGUUAAGGUUUAUCAUGCUGCAAGAGGACUGGCAUAAAUUAUACGAGUGCGAUACAAGAACUUUUGCACAGAAUACAGGCCGAAAACGAGCUGGAUUUGAUCAAGAGAAAGGAAGCAAAGGAGAGAUUGAUAGGUACUUACUUAUCAGACAGCUCUUUGUCAAUGUCAUGCAAAGCAAAAACACAUACACAGCACAGCUGAAGAUAUUUGUCAUGCUGAUGAUGAACAAAAACGUCCCAAUUCAGAGCAAGACCGCGCGCUGAUGCAGCUCUACAACGAUCGCAUGGACGAGGAGGAGCGAAAACGGCAAGCGUAGGAAAUAAAACAAGUUGAACUUUUGAGUCGAGUCUGCUGCUGAUACCUACUAGCAGCACGAGGAUGUUGGGCUCUACUCACUCCAGCAACUGGGUCGUUGUAGUAAGUUGCAAAAACGCCAGCUACCGACGUUCAGCAUUUGUUGUUCACCUCCUGGGUGAUAGCAAGUAGGAACGUGUUUCAAAAAUAGUAGCAAGGUAGGCAUCGUCGACUCAAAUGAAUUUUACCAUGCAUAAAGAAGUAUCAAAUGCAAAUAUGUCUGGGUCUGGAAGAGCCAAACAUGUGAUGCUGCAUUUGGAUGCUACAAAAAUCUGUAUUGCAUGAGCAGCAAGAGGAGCCAAAUUUGGCUACGCGGAGAGGGCAUUUGUCAUGCAGGAUGCGCAUCGAUAGGCGCUCAAAAGAUCUGUGAUGCUAUGGCAUACAUCACAGACAUCAUGUAUCAUGGAAAGUGUGCAUGACAAACUUCUCCUCUUCCAGACCCAGACAUUUUCGCAUUUGAUAAGCAGAAAAGGACGCCCGUGUGGCGCGAAAUGACGCUGCCAUGAAGCGGAUGGCGAGCACGGUGACUGUAUGAGGGUGCACAACUCCCCCUCCCCCUCAUUUGUCAUGCAAAAUUCCAAAUGAUCCACCCUUUGCCUGUUAGCACUGUUUGCAUGACAGAUUCGGGAAUCCAAAACAGCACUACAGUCUUCUGUCAUGUAAAAGCUGCAUCUUUGCCAGCGCCUGUGUUGCUGUUCAUGCAACGCAAAUGAGGGGUAUGGGGAGUUGUGCAAUGUCAUAGACUGCCGUAGCGGACCAGAAGCUCAAGGAAGCCGAGGAGCGUGCCAGAAACGAGGAGAAGCGCAUCACAGAAACCGCGAUCCAGAGGGAAAACGACAAGGCGCAGAUGCUGAAAUCGAUGCGGUAUGCGACCAAGGAGUUUCACAUCAAGCAGAUGGCAGAGAGGUAUGGUGCUCUCUUCAAACGUGGUUACAUUGUUCGCCGUUACAUAUACAUGUUCAUUUCCUCUACUGGGUUUGUCAUGCAAGGCACUUUCGCCACCCGGCCCGACAUUCUUUGUCUUUCUGAAUGAUCAAGCCAUUUUCUCGCAUAGCAAUUUUCUAACGCCCUCAACAACAUUCAAAUCCAUGUCAAACUUGUCAUGCUGGUGAAAGCUGCGCUGCAAGCUUCGUCCUCAUUUGCGUUCAUUUCUCAUCUUGCAGCACAAAUUAUCAAAAUAGAAAUCAUGUAGCAGCGAUCGAUGCAAAAACGUUUGAAAACGCCAUAACACAAAGGGAAACAAGGACGAGGAAGUGGCAGAGGGCAGGAGGCAGGUAGGAGUAAGAUUCUUCUGCCGCUUUAUUUCCUAUUCAGCUUCAGCAUGACGAAGACGAAUUGCUACUGUGGUUACGUUUCUGCAUGACAAAUCACAUCAAAAAACGCAGCUCCAACGCACGCUGUCCGAGGAUGCACUGUACAAUCAAAACGAGAAGGACAAUAUCCACAGUAAAGUUUCCGUAGACGUGCAAAUGCGGUCUCUGCAUGACAAGAUACGGCUUCAAUACUAGUUUGGCAUGAGCAUGACAAGAGGCACACUUCAAAUUGGCGAAACUUGUGAUGCAUUUCGUACACGUACGGGAAAUUUGUAUUGCAUAGACAAAUUUAGCAAGCGACGAACUGUGGAGAAGCGAAACGAAGACGAGUUGCGGAGGAUGAUGGUCGAGAAAAAGCUGCAGCUGAAGGAAGCGGAAAUGAACGCGAACGAGAAAAAGAUGAACCGCGAGCUGCUGAAGCAGGUCAACUAUCCUGUGGUACAAAACUGUCGCACUCGUAGGAAUCCGAAUCAUUGCAGUCAUGCAUGAGAAAUCUGGUUUCUUGGGCAGUUCACCACUACAGAUUCCAUUUGUCAUGCUGGGAAACUUUGUAAUGCACUCACUACUAGAAGUGUGCUUCGAUAGUUUUGCAAUCCAUAUCGGCCUGCAGCUGAAGCAAGCCGGGGUUCCGAUCCGCCCAGUGAGGUCCGACGCCGAGUUGACGAAGAACAAAAAAGUGAAUCCCGAGGUCGCCAUCCGCUUCAACAUGAAGGUGCCCGAGCUCGGGUUUGAAUAAGUAGGGCGGCUUCAGUCAAAAGUAGUGCAGAGAAAACGCUAGUAGAAGUCCACCUACAACUAGGCCGCGCGGCUUUUACAAAUUUUUAUUCACUCGACUAAUAGUACACCUACAUUUCUUUUUCUAUUAAUACUACAACAAAUGUGCUACAGCUUUUAACAUCUACUUAUUUCCGUUUGUUGAAAAUCAAAAUUAAUGAUGCAGAUGAAGCCUGUAGCAAGACGGUUUCUAUCCUGCUAGUACCAAAUUACAUCCCUAUGAUGUGUCAUAAAAUGAACUAGACAAGAAGCACAGCAUGCUUUUUACCACAUUUACGAUUAUUUUGUUGAUGACUGGGAAACCAAUCCUCCUGCAAACGUACAGUAUACCCUCACUCGAGAAUACAGAAUGAACUUCAGUAUAGUGCCCUGAAUCGAAAAAACCAAAACCUACCAAGGUGUUGACAUACAAAUCGCAAAUGCGCUAUGAAUUUACCAAAGUAGCACCCUUGGAUAAUUGAUGAAGAUAGUAAACCUCUAGUCUAUUACUCGCUGGUGAACAAUUGAUAAAACAAGAAGAAAGAUUCCUGUAGGAUUUGACGUUUCGACGUGUUGUGUUUUUCAUUUUUUACCUCAUUUGUUCAAAGAUAGAGUACGACUAAGACACAGACCACGGCCAACAUGGAGUAGUUGCGCCGCUGGUACGGCCGGAGGGACGACCACGCAGGGACAACCGCAGGGACAACCGCAGGGCCAACCGCACCAGACGGGUGGAGUCGUGAUCAGCCCUUCGAUCAAGGUCGCUGCUUACUUGCGGCUCUUUCAUCACGCAACGAGAAUGCGUCGCGUGUCAGUGUCUAUGUCAUCCGUUUUUGGAUAAGGGAGCAUAUUCGAUGAUCGUCAUCUUCGAGGAUGUUGAUAGUGCAGAAGAAGAAGAUCAUAUUGAAAGCAUUUAAGGCACGGUGGCUGGUAUUAAGAAGUCUGUCGACGGCGAGAACCACGG